GGCCGGAGGUAUUGUUAGGGUUUCUCAUGAGGCCGCGUAUCCGAGAGUUGUCGCAUGCUCCCACGGUUGAUCGUGCUUUCCCAUAUAUCGCGGGUGUCAAAAACGCUUUCGGACCGGGUCCUCCACUUUUCCACCAACGACCAUAUAUUCUUCUCCAACAUGAACACUAUUGUUGUUUUGUCAAACAGAUACAACUCUUGACAUAUAAUUACCAUCUCCUUGGAUACUCUUCUAGGUAUUCUUCAGCAUAAUGUCUUCAAUCUCACAAUACGAAAGCGAGUUACGCCAACUCUCAUGGCUAUGGGCCUAUUGCUACGACACAAAAGACUGGGAGAAGUUACACACAAUCUGCUCGUCAGAAUUCAAAAUGUUCUACGGUGAACUAGACCCUCAUCUUGGUGACAAAACCGUCCCGGUUGAAGACUUUAUCGCCGAGAUGUCUGCCAAAACCGCGCUUGGUGACGCAAGACUAAAGACACAACACUUCCUCGGCGCUGUGAUGUUUGAACAAGGCGAGGAAGAAGGCACCGCGACGGGAACUUGGCAGGUUCAGGGCUUGCAUCGUCGUUUUAAAGAUGAUGGGGAAGUGGUGAGGUGGAAUGCUUAUAAUUAUGUACAGCAUUUCUAUCGCAAAGAUGGACAGGGACAGUGGAAGUUGGACGGUCUUAAACCUAGUAGACCGUUGUUUAUGGAUGGGAAGCCUGGAGACGUUAUUGGGGACUUUUGAUGGAUAGAGACAUGAAUGCCUUACUAGUUUCUUUGGUCAAGAUCAAAUGACUUCUGACUGCUGCAUGCAACCCUCGCUGCAAUGCUCAGAAUCUCCUCGUCAUCGGUUUCGUCAUCUUGAAUCAAUAUCUCAACGGUCUCUUCUCUAAUUAUCACUACGUCGCAGUCUCCUGCAUUAUUGUUUGCAGGUUGAUGGCGAGCUCGUUCGAAUACUGUGUUCGUUCAAAGAAGAGAAGAAAGAAAAGAGACAAAAAA